UCCGCGCUCACAAUACGGCCAGACGCGGCGGAGGCGAGCGAGGCUAGACGAAGCUGGGAGUUUUUCGGAUCGAGAUGAGAGAUUUUGAAGUGGGAAUGGACAAAAUGUUGUAGAUGGAACGUUUUUAAUCGGGGUAAUACCGGAUUCGAGUGGGAAUUUGGAGAUUUACGCACGGACGGCGCAAACGAUAACCGCCAGGAUCUUUUUGGAAUACAACCACCUUGAAGGAUUAUUCUCUGGAUUCUACCUCCGGGUCCUUCCCCAUGCUUAAAGAUGGGGAACGGAUUAUCAGAACAGCCCAACUUCCUCUCCAACGUCCCCUUCUUCCAAUCUUUUCACAUCGCCAUCCUCGGACUAGACUCUGCUGGAAAAACCACGGUCCUCUACAGACUCCAGUUUAACGAAUUUGUGAACACUGUCCCCACUAAAGGCUUCAACACUGAAAAAGUCAAAGUUUCUCUGGGGGGCCACAGGACUGUCACUUACCAUUUCUGGGACGUCGGCGGACAAGAGAAACUUCGCCCGCUCUGGAAAUCCUACACGCGAUGCACGGACGGAAUAAUUUUCGUCGUAGACUCUGUUGACACCGAGCGCAUGGAGGAGGCCAAAACGGAACUCCACAAAAUCGCGAAAACGUCGGAAAACCAGGGCGUUCCCAUACUGUUGGUGGCGAACAAGCAGGACCUGAGACACGCCUUGGGUUUGGAGGAGAUCGAGAAACUGUUAGCGCUGAAGGAGUUAGGACCCGCUACCCCCUGGCACCUGCAGCCCACGUGCGCCAUCAUCGGGGACGGCCUGCGGGAGGGGAUCGAGAGACUGCACGAUAUGAUCCAGAAGAGGAGGAAAGCGCUAAGGCAGCAGAAGAAGAAGAGAUAAGGAGGCGCGGAGGGACAUAUAGUGUUGUUGUUUUUUUUUUAUGUGAAGGAUUUGGUGGUAUAGAGGAGUGGAUGGGGAAAAGGCGGGGGUUUAGAUGACGACGUUCACCUUAGAGAAUUUGAUGUCAUGAUUUCAGAUGGAGGGCGAGGGCCGAAACAACUCUACGGGAGAUUUAAGGUUUAUCCAAAAUAGAAUUAAACAAACUUGAGUGCACAAACUUUUCAUAUUAAAGGACCAAUAUUACGCCAUUUUCUGAUUCUACGUUAUGAUGUUUCCUCAUCACAAACGUAACUGGAGUUGUGUUUUGUUUCAUUCACACAUGUUUAACACACAAACCCUGCAUAUUUAGGCUGAGUUCUUCUCUCAAACAGAAAACACAGUUCCAGAAAGUGCUCCAUAGUGUUUUUGAACUCCACACACCUUCACUACAUUCAUUCACCUACUAAAAACUACUAAAACUACUGCUCUAUGACAUCACAAGUUGGAACAGAUCAUUUUUAAGCUUUGGAGAUGUAGACAGACUAAUAAUAAAGGGUUACUCAUAACGUGGGAAUGAAACAAAACACAGCUCGGGUAUGUUUUGAGGAGGUAACAAUAUUAUAUCAUGACUUAACCUCACAAGAGUCAGAUUUUUAAAACUGCGAUGUCACUUGAAAGGAACCUGUAGCCUAGAAUUUAUAACUGAAAUGGGGACAGGUUAAGUCACAGAGGUUAAUUUGUGGAUUCUGCAGUGUAGUAAAUAAAUAAAUACAGCAGAAUAAUGCAUUUUGUUGCUAAAAAAGUACAAUAUAAUGUAUAAAGUACUGGCUCCUGCCCCCAUUUGAGAGAGGAAAGCACUACAGUGUACAAGCAGAAACAGCCAAAGGGGGAACAGUUUGGAUAACAAAGUGUAAGAAUAAUAAGAAUUUUGAUUAAAGUUGUAAUUUUAUACUAAAAUACUUAAAGGUGCACUAUGUAACGUUUUUGGUUGGGGGUCUGUCACGUGCUUGUUUCUGUGGAGAUGUCAUUGCUCUGCCUGGAAUAUUCAAUAGUAUAUGACAUUAAACAGCUCUACUUUACAUUUAUUCAAUUACAGAUAGUUUUCUAGCUCAAAAAUAUAUACAUAAAUAUAUAAAUACAUAUAAUACACAGAAAAACAGGCAUUCCGACUGUGACUCUCUCCACAGAUCUGACUUGUAACGUGGUCUGGUUUGGUCUCCAUGAAGAUAGGUUUAAUGCCAUACUGUGAAACAUUCCAGACAAAGCAAUAACAUCUCCACGAAGAAAAGCAUUUGACGGACCCUCCACCAGAAAAGUUACACAAUGGACCUUUAAUGUGCACAAUUGGUUCUAAGUUACUUUCAAGAGACAUAAACAACAAUAUUUAACUCUGACAACAAAACUAAACUUAAAAGUGCACUGUGUAACUUUUCUGGUGGUGGAGAUGUCAUUGCUUUUCCACCGGUAAACUUACACAAUGCACCUGUAAAGUUAUAAUUUUAUUCUGAAAUAAUUCUACUUAAAUACCUCAGAAAGCUCUUAAAGAACAAAAGAAUUCCAAGUAGAGGUACAGUAAAACUUAACUGUCUUCUGCGUUUAUCUAAUUCUUCCACUGGCACUGGGUUUUAACCUGGGGACACGUCUCCAGAUCUUAACUAGGUUCAUAGUUAGUUUAAUCCUCUAGUUAGGUGCUCAUAUUACUCCUUAGUCAGCAUGGUUUGGGUUGGAGUUACUUUCACUUGUAACUUGAGGUCUUCCAUUAUCACCUCAUGAUCUUGGGUUGGGGUGCCUGUUAGCCCGCUGCUGACGUCCGCACUUUCACACAUGCUAAUCUAGUCGAGAGGAUGCAUUUUAAAACUAGAGCUAAUGUUAGUGCUAAAAUUGUCGCUAAACCAAAAAAAUCUGGUCUAGAAUACACAUUUUUGUCUAGAAACGCUCGGAGGUGAGAUGCUUCAUUUCCUGGUAGCUGAAUGAUACUAGGUUGACGUCAUUUCUGGAAAAAAAGGAAACAAAAAAAAACAAAAAAAAACUUUAAACUUUGUAAUCGAUGACAAAAGUUGUGUCCACUCCUUUGUACUUUCAAUGAAAGAUCCUGUUGUCCUGAAGGGAUUCAAAUGUCUACAGUGGCCCUGCUGAGUUUUAUCAGUGCACACGAGCUUUAGCAAACAAGACCAGGCAAAAGUUUGGACAUGGACGUGUUGUUUUUCUUUAUUCUGUUUUUACUCUUCUUUUUACAUUUUAGAUACAAACAGAAGGCAUCUUAUUUAUGAAGCAAGAUGUAUGGAACUGAAUAGCAAAUGAAAUUAAAAAGUGAAAUAACUCUACUAAAUAUUUCUUUUAUAUAUUUUCAAUUCAAAUUCCUCAAAGUAGCCACCCUUUGCCUUUGUUGACAACCCUUCUCAAUGUUUUUUUUUUUUUUUUUUUCUUAUAAAGGUACCAGAAAUUGUCUUCACUUAAAGUUGUGCCAUGUAGGGUUAUCAAAAGUAUCAAAAAUAAAAUACUGAUCGAUACUAAAACUAGUAUCGAAACUAGAUACUCAUUUGAGCAGGUAUUGAUACAAAAAAAAAGUCACAUUCACAGGCACAGAAAUUAAUCUUAUAUAGACUAAAAAACUUGGGGAUUACAGAUAUAAGACCACAUUGAUAUAAAAGAAAGUACUAUGAUUAAAUGUUAAAAUAAAUCUAAAUAAAUAAUCUUUUUAAUUAUCAUUGUGGUAUCAGAAUCAAUAUUAAGUAUUGAGUUUAUUCCUUUGUAUUGAAAUUGAGUUUGAAAUUUUAGUAUCAUGACUAAAGCUGAGUAUCAUUGAGAAGUUGCCGAUACAAUACAUAUUCUUGAUACAUAGAGCUUUGGAUUCGAUAUGAUAUAUUUCAAAUUGAUUGGAUACAAUUCAAUUAAAAAAAGGCUAAAUCACGGCUGUGGUAGUAAAAGUCUUUGUUAAACCACUUCUUGUGCAAAGUUACUCAUCAAAACAUUGAAAAUGUCAAAUGUGUCGCAUAAAUGAAUUUCCUUCCUCUAAACAAGCAACAAAACUGUAGCUGUAACAAAAUAAUUUAGUAAAAUGUACCAAAAAAAUAGUCUUGGCAAUAUAACGACACAGUAGCCCAUGAUAUCGAUACUGUAUCAGCACAUUAAACGAUACGAUAUAUCGAUAUUUUGAAGUCCCAUGUCGGGGUUUAGGAAUGCAGUGAUCAAAACAAACGGCAGCCAUUUUGUUUGUUUGAAGAUGUAUGAAAAUAUGGUAAACAAAAAACAUAGUUUUGAUGCCUUCAGUGAGAAUCUACAACGUAAACCGCCAUGAAAAUAAAUAAAGAAGAUACACAAACGAGGUCCAAACUUUUGACUCGUACAGUAGGUCGGAAGGGUUUGGAAGUGAGUACCGAGGAUACACCGAAAGAAAUAUAGAAGAACGUUUAUAGAUAUGUAGAUAUGAAUUUUCCACGUUGACAAAAGCACUGGAUGUUGUGUAGAAAGUUCCAGAACGCAGAUGGAGAUUUUACCAAAAAUAUUUAAGAAGUGUUUUGAGAAGUUUAAGAUGGUUUAUGAGCAGGAAAAAAGUGCACCACAAUGUCUAUCUGUAUAAGUGUUACGGGGCUUUAUGAAAUAUGACAAAAUAGUAAUAUUCAUGAAUUUUGUUGCCCUAAGUGUAUUUCCAUUUUUUUUUUUUUACACUGGACUUUUCUGUGAAGUAUUACUGUGUACCUUGGCUUUGCUAUUCGCUUCCGUUAGCCUCCGUUAGCUUCCGUUAGCUUGCUGCGCUAUGUUAGAUUUUUAAACAUGCACUUUAGUUGAUACAUUCACAGUUUACAGUUGUUUGUAGGGGGAGUUGUACGUUGGACGAUUUUUUUACAUGAACAAAAUCGAUUUACGGAUAAAAUAAAAUAAAAAUAUGAUUACACAAUGUUUUGACAAAUUAUGCUUUAUCUUGUUUUGAAUAAAAUGUAAUUAGAACAAAGA